AUGAUUAGAGGACACAUGUUUGUGUUUGUUGAUGAAGUUUCUGCUAUAAAUAGGGUUUCUUGCCAAGGUAGUCGUAGCAUUGGCAAAGGCCGAUAUUAUAAACAUGGAAGAGGCGAUGUUGGUGUUGGUAUCGAAGGUGUUAGUGGUAUAGAUGUUGUUGGUGUUCAAAGUGUUAGUGGUGCUGGCGGUGCUGCUGGUGCUAGUGGUGCAGGUGGUGCGGGUGGUGCCAGUGGUGCUGGUGGUGCUGGUGCUGCCAGUGGCGCUGGUGGUGCUAGUGGCGCUGGUGGUGCUACUGGAGCUGGUGGUGCAAGUGGAGCUGGUGGUGCUAGUGGCGCUGAUGCUGGUGGUGGUGGUGGUGCUAGUAGUCCUAAUGGUGUUGAUGAUGCUGGUGGCUCUGGUGGUGCCAGUGGUUCUGGUGGUGCCACUGGUGCUGGUGGUGCCAGUGGGGCUGGUGGUCCCAGUGGUGCGGGUGGUAAUGGUGGUGCAAGUGGUGCUGGUGGUAAUGGUGGUGCCAGUGGUGCAAGUGGUUCUGGUGGUGCUAGCGGUGAUGGCCGUAAUAGCGGUACUAAUAGAGGUGGUGCCAGUGAUGCAAGUGGUUCUGGUGGUGCCAGUGGUAACGGCCGUAAUAACGGUACUAAUAGAGGUGGUGCCACUGGUGUUGUCGCAGGUGGUGCUGGAGAAGGCGUUGGUGGUGUUGGUAACGGUCGGCACUAA